UGGGUGGGGAAAGGGGCGCCGAGAAGGGAAACGAUGCGCCGAGCCGGAGCUAGUGCGCGUGCGCAACUCUCGCCCUGCCCCCUUGGAGAGUCACGCCUCCAUUGGCAGCCCGGCGACCCCCGAGCCAAUCAGCGCCGCCCAGCGACCCCCGAGCCAAUCAGCACCUCCCUUUUUCUGGAGCUUCUGCGAGUGUUCCAAGCUCCUCCCCUCCCCAUCGCCUCCCUUCUGGUCUCUCUCCCCCCCUCCCUGUCUAAUUAAAACCUGAGGGUUCGGCCCCCCAGCCCCCGCCCCCUCCCCCCGGAAGCGGGACCGGAGAAAGUGUUAACGUCCCCAGGGAGACCUGCAGGGGCGGGGAGGGGGGCGUGACGGUCCGGCCCCGACCCCUCCCCACAGGCCAGGCAAGGGGGAGCUCCCCGAGCCUUCCGGCUCUGCCCCCCCCUUAACCAUCCCCCCGCCCCCACCGGGGGCGUGUCCUUUCCCGAGUUCGAAACUCCUCUGGCUCCAGAGACCCUCUCCUUGGGCAGUCUUAUGGGAGGGGGCGUCAGGGAGCGACCCCUCCCGCCCUCCUCAGGGCGCCCUCUGCUCCCCAGAUCUGCCUUCGGAAGCCCCCGGCCUCCCGCAGCGGGAGAGGGCGAGGAAGAGGAGGGCCAUGGCCCCCGUGCUGCUGUCGGCCGGGGCCUGCCAGGAGUCGGUGACCUUCAGCGACGUGGCCGUGGACUUCACCGCGGAGGAGUGGGGGCACCUGGACCCUUCCCAGAAGGACUUGUACCGGGACGUGAUCCUGGAGAACUACCAGAACCUGGACUCGCGGCUUCCAAACCGGAGGUGAUCCACCAGCUGGAACGAGGGGAAGCUCCUUGGAUGCCGCAGGGCCCCGCCCCAGGCAGCCCCUGCCCAGAUUCUGAAACUGGGCCAGAAACCACGGAGUCCAUUCCAAAGCUGGGCACUGCUGUGGAAGACUCAUCCUGGGGACGACUCCCAGGAGACACUCCCAAUGACUGUAGGCUCAGAGAAGUCUGGGGAAGGGGGGCUUCCUUGGAGAUGGAGCAGAGCACAGAAAAGCACAGUGCUCAGGCGAGAGCCCCUCAGGGGAAGUCUCUGAGGGACAGGCGAGCGCAGGAGGGCAAGAGAUCCGGGGACAGCUUCAUGCCUGACCCAGGUCUCUUUCCCCAACAGCAAGUCUCUGAAGUGGAGACCCUCUACAAAUGUGACAUACACAGAAGAAGUCUUAGUCUGUCUGCAGACCCAAGUCCGUGUAGCGGAAUCUGCCCCAAGAAGCUACUUUCCAAACAAAAGGGAUGUGGAAAUCCCUUCAGUUACGAUUUGAGCCUUCCUGAGUAUCCAGGGAGGCACCCCGAAGAGAAAGCCUGUGGCUGCAACGAGCUGGGGAAGGCCUUCCACCAGGCCUCCGAGACUCCUCGGGCCGAAGAGAGGCCGUAUGAGUGUCCGGAGUGUGGGCGGGCCUUCAACCACGUGUCCUCCCUCAACUCCCACCAGCGAACGCACACUGGGGAGAGGCCGUACGAGUGUAACGAGUGUGGCAAGGCCUUCUGCAGGAGCACCCACCUCAUCGAGCACCAGACAAUCCACACGGGGGAGAAGCCCUACGAGUGCAGCGAGUGUGGGAGGGCCUUCCGCCAGAGCGCGCAGCUGACUCGCCACCAGAGGAUCCACACAGGAGAGAAGCCUUAUAAGUGUCAUGAGUGCGGCAAGGCCUUCAACCACAGCUCCUCCCUCACCUCCCAUCACAGGAUCCACACUGGAGAGAGGCCCUACGAGUGUAACGAGUGCGGCAAGGCCUUCAACCACUUCUCUUCCCUCACCUCCCAUUACAGAAUCCACACCGGGGAGAAGCCCUACGAGUGCAGCAUCUGUGGCAAGGCCUUCUAUCACAGCUCGUCGCUCACCUUCCACGCCAGAAUCCACACGGGGGAAAGACCCUACGAGUGCAAUGACUGUGGGAAAACCUUCAACCACAUUUCCUCUCUCAUUUCCCAUCACCGAAUCCACACGGGAGAAAAGCCUUACGAGUGCCAUCAUUGCGGGCGGGCCUUCCGCCGGAGCACCCAUCUCAGCCGACACCAGGUGGUCCAUACUGGAAACAAGCUCAGUGAGUGAGGGAGAUGGGGCCUGCGGACGGUCCAGAAUCUGAACAGGAGAGGGCCCAGCAAGGCAAGGGGGGCCCUUGAUAGAGAAGGAGAUUCCAACCAAAAUGCAGUCCAUAGAUGAAGCAUGCAUCCGUGUUAGCCUGGGGCCCGUUCUCUCCGUUCCCAGCCAUGUCCGACCCGAGCAAGAAGACCAGACCCGAGAAAACAGCUGAUGACCCGAGAGGUGCUCCUUCAGCUUCCCUUUGCAAAAUCCCCGUGUCCUCAGGUCUUCUGGCUAAGGGACUCGCUAAAGCUGCCCCCCCCCCCGGGAUCCCAUCCGGAUCUCACCCCAACAGCACUCCCCUCCUGAACUUUGAGGGGCUUUUCCCAUUGACCUGUAGUCUGUCAGAAGGGAAAAAGUGAAAGGGCGUCCCUCUCCCUCCCAUUCAAUAGCAGGCUGCUUCCUGUAAAAAUGGCGGAACCCCUCAAAGCCCAUGCUGACUCUUCUGUCACAUGCUUCAUGUCUGUCUCAGGGGCUCUUCCCCUGGUCUUCAUCUUUUAUUUAUCAACUUGGGCUUCAAAAAGGAGGCAGCCUCUCGUCCCCUCCUUCUGCUUCCCAGCAUCUUUUAACUUCUUCCAUCUCCUUUGUAGAUUCCUCUUGGGCCAACCCUUUGUGGAUUCCAGGGUUUGGGAAUCAUGCUCAAUCCCAAGAUUAUCAUCCUUAGGAAGUGGCCAUAUACAUGCACACAUACAUACAUGAUCACCUUGGGAGGCACCUUUUGUUUGAUUUCCUUUCUGUCAGUGGUAUCACAAUUCAUGCUAUCCCAUGGUUGAAAGCUUUGUUAUUUUUAUUAUAAAUUUUUAAACAAAUAAUUGCUGUUGGAACACCUUCAUUUCUAAAUAGAUCCCUUCCCUACCGUCGGCUUGGAAGAACCUUUCCCUGUAGCAAAACCAACCCAUUUGCCAGUGUGUUCAGAGUCCAUUCCCUCACAGAGAUGGGACAGAGACAUGAUUUGGGAGGCCAAGCUGGGUCAUACAGUCAUACAGAAUUCAGAGUUGAUUGCAGGGGGAGGCAAAGAGAGGGUAGUUUUUUCCCUUCUGUUUACAUUGUUGUCAUCAUUGUGCUUUUUUUGUUCAUAUUCACUAUGUUAUAUUAUUUCAUUUAUCUCAUACUUCUCUGAAUUCUUCACGUUUCUUGUUUUGGUGCAGUGAUAUUCUUUGUUUAGCCAUGUUCUCAAUUAAUGGGGGUAUUGUUUCCAAUUCUUUGCUACUAUAAAAAGUUUUGUUAAUAAAUCUUUUGGUAUACAUGGAACCUUUUUUCUAUCUUUGACCUCUUUAGCAGUGAGAUCUCUUGAGUCACAAGAUAUGGUUAUGUUAAGAGUAGCAUAAUCCCAAAUCUCAUUUUAGAAUAGACAGACCAGUUAAUAACUACACUAACAAGUUCAUUAGUUUAUCUGCCUUUCUAUGAAGCCUCCAAUUCCGCUUCUAAAUAUUAGCACAUCUGGCCAUCUUUGUCAGUUUUUUAGAUAAGGAACUUGAGAGUUGAUUUGAUUUUGCAUUCAUGAUUUGACGCAACCUGCAUACGGUCAUUUGUAAUUUGAAAUUAUUCUUUUGAGAAUAGUUCAUAUUUCACUACAUCAAGGGAAUGGUUUUUGGUUUUGUGUAUUUGUUAAUUUCCUAUAUCUUUUGGAUUAUUUGUUGUUCAGUCACUUCUGGCUCUGACCCUAUUUAGCAGAGAUAUUAGAAUAUUUCAGAUUUCAGACCCUUAUUAGAGAUGAUUAGUGCAAGAUUUUUUCCCAGUGUGACAGCUUCCCUUAUUGUAGUUGCUUUUUGUUUAUACAAAAAUUUUAAAAUACUGUAUUUUUUUAUAAUGGCCUCUUUCUCUUUUUUGUGUAAAGAUUCACUUCCUUAGCCAUGGUUAUGAUAGACACCUGAUCUGAAACUAUAUUUUGUUUUUUUUAAGGCAUGAUUUUUUAAAAAUUUAAUUUUUAU